GCGGCGCCAGGGGGCAUGCGCGCUGCCCCCGCGCAUGCGCCUCUCCCGCUGCCGGUGGCCGCGAGCCCCGCCGAGCCUUCCGCCGUGUCCGCCGCUGGGCGGGCGGUGCCGGAGGCGGGGGGUUGCGCCAUGCCCAGGGCGGCGGAGCAGGCGCGGAGCCGCGGUCGCUGAGGCGCGGCGGGAGCAUGGCCGAGUCGCUGCGGGAGGAGCCGCCGGGCGGGCCGGAGUCGGAGGCCGAGCUGUCGCAGCGGCUGGCCCGCACCAAGGCCCGCUCGUACGGCAGCACGGCGAGCGUGGCGGCGCCGCUGGCCGAGCGCUACGUGGAGCAUCGGCUCAGCGCCGGCGACACGCUGCAGGGCAUCGCCCUCAAGUACGGCGUCACGAUGGAACAAAUAAAGAGGGCAAAUAAACUGUUCACUAAUGACUGUAUAUUUCUGAGGAAAACUCUGAAUAUUCCUGUUAUAUCAGAGAAACCAUUACUGUUCAAUGGACUUAAUUCACUGGAGUCUCCCGAGAAUGAAACUGUUGCCAGCUCCCCUUCUUGUGAGGAAGGACUAAUGACAGUUCAGGAAGAAAGUAGUUCUUCUCCCAGUCCUCAAGAGCCUGACAAUCAGCCCACUGCACCAGAAGAACUAUCUGCCAAAGAUUUCCUACAGAGAUUGGACUUGCAGAUAAAGUUAUCAAAACAAGCAGCCAGAAAACUAAAAGAUGACAAUGUCAGAGAGGAGGAGAAUGAGGAAGGCCCCUAUGCAACUUCUUCAUAUCAUCAGUAGAAGACAGAUGUGAUGGCCUGAAAACUUUCCAUGAAAUCAGUUCUUAAAGAACUAAAUGGUCAAUAGCUCAAAACCCAAGUCUUUUGGACUCAUCGUCUUGAUGUACUUAAAACAAGUCAUGAAUGGGUAAUUGCACUGAAAUUAUGACCUCUUCUGCCUUCCAUAGGUUAACGUCCUUAUGCUAUAUCAACAAAGGGUUUAAGCCUUCCAAAACUAGCAAUGGCCUUUAUACCCCUUCUGUGCAAACUGUAGCAUGGUAGCAACAAUAUAUCCUUGAGGUCACCUUUAUGCAGGAUGUUGAUCUUUAGUAAAGAUUUUGUAAAUACUGGUUAUAGUGAAAUUUGUUUUAAGUAUUUAAAAAAUAUUGAAUAAGUUUGCUUGUAAAUGACAAACUAUGGAAGUAAUUGAAAUUGACUUACUCUGCAAAUACAGGCAAGUUUGCUGUGGAAGUUUUGUUUACUUCAGGGCUGCAGAACUUGCCUCUGAAUUCUGUGUGUGGUGAUGAUGUAUUCCUAGAAAGGGGAAUUCAACUCAUUUUGAGUAGUUAAAGCCUUUGUGGUUAAACAACUGUUUGCAAAUUGGAUUUCUGCUAAUAAAAGGGAAGAGCUCCAGCAAGAGACUUUUCUUUGUGAGAUAUGGCAUUGGAAUACAAGAUGUGUGUUCUUGUAUGCAACUAUAUUUUGUGUUGUUUUAAUAAAUACAGAUAUACUGA